CUAGUGGAAUGUGGAAAUAAAAUCCAUUUUUGCCGCUUUUGCGCGCCGUCCAGGUAUCUAAGGAGAAUUUCAUAAACGACUCCGUUUCAGAUGCCGCUCACUGGUCGGGAACGUUCGCGGAGGUCUAAGAAGCAAGAAGGCGAGCCCUGAACAACGACGUAUCUUCUUCCCCAUCAGAGACCUAGAAUCCACCGGGAAUGGCCGCCAUGACGCCGCCGCCGAGAGACAGCGUCCCUACCGCUUCCGUCUUCUCCUCCUCCCGCUCUCGCCCUCCCGACGACACCGUUUUCUUCGCAAUAUUCCCCGACUGCUUCGUCUCAGAUUCCCCUCCGCCGUCUCCAGCCCACUAUCUUCAGUCUCUCCACCUCCGAAUCCUCCAGUUCCUGUCCCCGCAUACUUCUUCCUACAUCUGGCAGCACGAGCCGCUCUCUCUCACCAUCUCUGCUCCGCCGUCGCCGUCCUGCCCAUGCUCCGGUAAGUCUUCUGUUCCUCACCUCCAUGGAAAGCUCCGGUUCGGGGACAACAUCGAGGACGAGUGGUUCACCGUCUUCCUCCUCUUCGAAAUUUCUCGCAAUUUCCCUUCGCUCUCCAUUCGCGUUUGGGACAACGAUGGCGAGUUUCUCCUCAUCGAGGCCGCUUUCCACCUCCCUCGUUGGAUAGACCCGGAGAACAGCGAGAAUCGCGUGUUUAUCCGCCGCGGCGAUCUCCGAAUCGUCCCCAAGAAGCGCCUCCCCAACCCUAGCUUACCUGAAUCGUUAAAGUUCCUCGUGAAUUUCGAAAUCGAUUCACGGGCGGCGGAGCCAAUUCAGAAGGCGGUGAAGGAUCGGAUUUCGGACUAUCCGGGGAGAGCGAGGCGAAACACGCACUGUGUUAGGGUUCGGGUUCCUGUCUCGGUGGCGCAGGUGCUGACGCACGAGCCGUGCUUGAUUUCUCUGGCGGUGGAAGGAUUCUACGACAGGGAUAUCGAUACCAUGAAGUAUGCAGCGAAAAUGGAGAAGUUUUUGAGCAGAGGGAGGCAGGAGGAGCUCGUUUGCGUGGCGGUUAAGAUGUCUAGAGCCAUGUACGCGCAGUUGAUGCAGCAGAAGUUUCAGCCACCUAAGUGCUAUCCAAUGCCAAAUCGAAGUGAAGACUUGACGGCGUAUCUGGAGGCAGAGCUGGGGAUGAAGAUUGCUUGUGGGUUGGAGAUGAUAUAUCAGCUGAGGAGGAAGGAAGGAGUGGAUGCGAGGGGGAGUAAUUUUGAGAAGUAUAAGGAUAUCUUGGAGAAAAGUGGCUACUUCGAAGGUCUGUUGCCUGGUUCUAUGGAGUACAAGCGGUUAAGGGAGUUUGCAGAGGAGUAUUACAGGAAGAGCUCUUCGGCCGUGAGAACUAGUGAGACAAUGAGUGAUCCGGUGAGGCGGAUUGAUGACAUCCUUGCGAUGCCUGAUUCAGCAGACAGCUUUAAGCAACAUGAAGUUCCUGCUUCAGAUGAUGAUUCCUGGCUCUAUGGUGGUGAAAGUGAGCUGAACGAUGCUCUUCAAGUGAGGCAAAAGGAGAUUGAUCAGUAUAAUGUUCAACUUAGAAAGAAGUCGAAAGAGCCAGAGGGCAGUGGUCCUUCGUCCAGCACAAAUGUUGAUGACUUUAAUCUUCAGGACAUGGCUCGAAGCAUGCAGGCAUUUGUAGAGAAGGUGUCCAGUUUUGAGGGAGCUGAAGUUCCUGAAAACAGGAAGUCGGGAGAUGGAGAAGUGGAUCUCGAUGUUGACCGGUUUCUAAAAGACAUGGAAUCAGUAAUGAAGCGUUAUGUCCCAGAGUCCAAGGAUGGUGAUGCUGAAAGUGAAGAAGAGGCAUCUUCAUCUGAUAUGGAGUUUGACGAGUUGGAUAGCGAAGAUGACAUCAUGGCACCUGAUGGGGACAAUGAGGAUGGUGAAGACAGGUUCUCGCAGUCCUACUCUGCUGCCCUGAAUCAGGAGCUGAAGAACAGCACUGUUGGCAAAAGCUUUGUUCAGGCGGAUGGACAAACCUCCAAACCAAAUGAGGGGACGUCAAAUGUUCCGGUGGAGAUGGAAGAAGAUUUUAGCCCUGUAGAUGUGGACUUCAACCUGGUGAAGAAUCUACUGGACUCGUUUUCGUCUCAACAGGGACAACCAGGUCCAGCUUCCAAUUUGCUGGGACUCAUGGGUGUUCAUCUGCCGGAGGAUUCCAGCAGCAAGGGGAAGUGAGAAACCCAUACCAGGCUUGUAUUGUGCCUUACGUGAUGUAAUAUUUAACCCGCCAGGUUGUAUUGUAUCAUCGUGAUAGGGCUCUUCUCAAAAGUUGACAAUGAAAGCACAAUACAUGGCCUUUUUUAUAUGUUGGCUAACGACAGAGUUAUGUAUAAUGAUAGGGCUCUUGGUAGAAGUUGAAGGUGAUGUUGUUUGCUUUCUAUUGGUUGGUGUGGUGGUGUUUGUGGUCUCGAAUAUAUUGCUUGGCGCCAUUCUGUUCUUUCUGUCUCAACGAUGAAGCUGAAUGUGCCUGUGAGACGGAAGGGGCGUAUUUCGGGCAUCUUAUCUUUACUGGUGGCAUGAUAAGAAUGAAACCUUACUAUGUGCACUAGCUCGAGUCCGGGCAGUGGAUCGGAAAGUGUUGAAG